CAGUGAGUGAGUGGGAGGAAGUCAAGUUGGGAUCACCGCCGAUACCAGCGCUCUCUCCGGGGAACGGGACCGGCGGACUCACUGACCGCUCUGUGAUGCUCCCCGCUUUCUUUUGUUCCCGUCCACGGUGCGGUCCGUAGCCCCGCGGCGGGUUUGGAGUUGACAGCAAACUUUGGGCGGCUGGAAGGCAGCAACUUGUGGCCCACAUGGUUCUGGUUCCUCGCUGCUAAAGUUCCCGACAUAAAGAACACGGUGAACGGACGGACACAGGGACGCACGCGGUGACGGCACGGAACGCUUCCACGCUCCCUUUAUUUUGACCCCCGGCAGGCGGAGCGGAGCACCGGGGCGCCGGCGAUGCCUCUGCCGGCUGAGAGAGCUGAUCCCGCGGGGAUGAAGACGAGGAGCCCGCCGGCGGUUCCGCUGCGCGUCGCCGCGCUCCUCUGCCUCCACGUUCUGUCCAUCCAGGCUGCUGCCAUCCAGUUCACCAAGGAGCCCAAAUCCCAGGAUGCUUUGCACGGCCGCAGUGCCAUGCUCCGCUGUGAGGUGAGUGAUCCCGCUGACGUCACCUACAGCUGGCUUCACGACGGCCAGCGGCUGGAGAACAGCGAGCGGCGCUUCCAGGAGGGCAGCAACCUGAAGUUCACCUCGGUGGACCGGCAGCUGGACGCCGGAGGCUUUGAGUGCGUGGCAAGAAAUGGCGCCACAGGAGAGGUUCUGCACUCUAACAACGCGUCGUUCAACAUCAAGUGGUUAGAAAGUGGGAAUGUGACUUUAAAGGAUCCCGCCUCCGAGGGUGAGAUCGAGAGCUCUGCGCCAGUCACACUGCGCUGUCACAUCGAUGGACACCCGCGACCGACCUGCCAGUGGUUCAAAGAUGGAGUGAAGCUGACGGAGAAAAGCCAUCACAUUAACAACAAGGAGCGAACGCUGACCCUGAAGAGCGCCAGUCCAGACGACAACGGGCUGUACUACUGCUGCGCCAAGAACGCAGCCGGCCACAUCUGCAGCAGCAGCAACUUCACACUCAACAUCAUAGAUAAGAGCUUUCCUCGACCCGUGGUCUCUCCAGAGGACCAGGUGGUGCUGAGGAAUGAGAAGGCCGUGUUCCACUGCCAGUUCACCGCAGUGCCAGCACCCACGUUGGAGUGGUACCAUGAAAACGAGCUGCUGGAAAACAAGGCCAGAGUGAUCCUGCUUUCCAACGGCACACUGGUGAUCACCCAGGUCAAAAACAAGAACACUGGACUUUACAAGUGUGUGGGCCGUGGCCUGCGGGGGUCCCAGGUUACACUGGAGGCGUCCCUGCUCAUAGCAGAAUUAGAAGAAAUGAUGCCCAAGCUGUCCAAGGUCUUCAUAGCAGACACCUUGCAGCGUGUCGCGUGUCGCCCCCCAAGGGGCAAACCUGAGCCGGAUGUGUGGUGGGAGAGAGGAGGCCAGCAGGUCCCCACCGAGGGCAGAGUGUACCAGGAUGGACUGGAUCUGGUCUUCAGUCCCACCGAGGAGGGAGACUCCGGCACCUACACCUGUGUAGCCCAGAACAAAGCGGGCCGCCGGACACAGGAGGUCACCUUCACUGUGGCCACCGCCCCCGUGUGGGUGAUGAGGCCUCAGGACAGCCAGUUAGAGGAGGGCAAACCCGGGUACCUCCACUGCCACGCUCAAGCCAACCCCGAACCUGAGGUCACGUGGAUCCGUAACAACAUUGUCAUCACACCAGAGGACCCCCGUUUUAAGGUGUUUCCAAACGGCACCCUGAGGAUUAAUAACGUGGAGGUGUUUGACAGGCAGAUUUACAGCUGCGAGGCAAAGACGGUUGGCGGUCGUCUGUCUGGACAUGCAAGAGUGUUGGUGCUGGAGAAGUUGAAGUUCACCCCGACCCCCCAGCUUGCACAGUGUCUGGAGCUGGGCAAAGAGAUCACCAUCCAGUGCUCGGCUACGGGCCGAGAGGUCCCCACCAUCCGCUGGACCAAAGCAGGUGUGUGUUCCCCACAGACACACACACACACUUAUCGGACCUUGUGCACUCGGAGCUAA